CUUGGCGUUGUUGAACGCAAAGCAGUUCGUGAUGACGUGGUUGGCCGGUCCGAUGUCUGCGUCGUCGCCGCCGCCGAGUUUGAAGCCGUUGCCGUCACCUUCGAACGGGGUAAAAUCCCAUCUAUGUUGGUCAAUGCCGAUAAUUUCAAGAUUGCAGCAAUCAGGAGGCUGUUUUUUGGAAUCAUCAUACCGGUUGAACCCAUUCCCCCAUGAGAUGGUAUCCUCAAUCGUCACAGCCGACUUGAACUCCCUACCAUGCAAUUAGCCCAGUCUCAACGGUCGACCAAACGUGCGCAAGAAGGGUAUAAAAAGAAAGCACAAACCAAAGAUCCAACCCAUCAUCAACAUUAUCCCACAACCUCGCGCCCUUCAACAGAUUCCCCUCGCCCUCUCCCUCCUUACAAGCAAACCCAUCCGCACUCUCCCCAUUCUUGCGCGGAUCCCGAUUCCCGUACGAGUCGAGAUACAGCACGGUGUUAUUCGCAGACGCACCCUGCAUCUGGAACCCAGUCUCGUAAUUAUUCGCCGUUACGAGCCUCUCGUAGCGGUUGUUCGACGCAUCGCGCGCAUACACUCCGUACGGGCCAUUCACAAGGACAAGGUCGCUAAACACCCAGUAAUCUGCGUCUUGGACGUGAAUGAUGCCGCGGUCUUCGUUGGGGAGAGAGGCGUCUAAGUCUGCAGGUGUGCCAGGAAGAUCCUCCCCGUCGAUAGUAACCUUUUCGCUUUUGUACGCACGAAGCGUGUAUGGUGCUGACGCCGUCCCACUUUUCGUGACCUG